AAUUGUUAUUAUCAGGCAUUAAAUUCCAAGGGAAAAACAAAAGUCUGCCAUUUCCGCCAUAACCAAUCUGCACCGUUUCAUCUUUCCAUUUCGAUAAUCAAACUUUCCAUUUUCACACAGCAAAAAAGGAGUGAGUGAAUUCCUGCUCGUAAUUCUCCUUCGAAAUCCCUGAAGAAUUACUGCACUUAUUUAAUUUCCCCCUUUUCUUCAAUCAAACCCCUGUUUUUUUGGCUUGUUUAAUCUUUUGAUGAGAAACGUGGCAUGGGCGGCUGGGGUAGAGAGAAUUAUUAAAUGGCUAUGAGGAAUCUGUUAUACGAUCGCCACCAUAGGCGUACAGGAAUUGUAUCUAUAGAGGAGAUUGGAGAUAAUCGAGAGGCGUGGAUGAUAUGGAAGAAUUGCCGGGGACUCUGGGUACAAGUGCGAGCUUGGCUCUGAGAUUAGGGCAGGCGAUUUUCGCUGUUGCUUCUUUGCUUUUCAUGUGUUUGGAUGUUGAAUUCUACAGCUACACCGCCUUCUGCUUCUUGGUAACGGUUAUGGGCUUGGUAGUUCCAUGGAGUUUGACUUUGGCAGUGGUGGAUAUAUUCUCCGUUUUUAUUAAAAACCCAGCUCGUCAACGUGGGAUAAUUUCUAUCGUUGUCAUUGGAGAUUGGGUACUCUCGUUUCUUUCACUAGCUGCAUCGAGUUCAACGGCAAGUGUGACUAGUCUUCUUCUUGCUUCUGAUGGAUUCUGCAGCGUAAGAUUAUGCACGAGGUAUCAACUCGCUGCUGCUAUGGCUUUCUUGUCGUGGUUUUUGUCAUUGUCCUCGUGGCUAUUCAAUCUUUGGCUUCUUCCUUCUCUCUAGUUCUUCUCUGUGCAGUUCCCUGCUGUUAUAUUGUAGAGAAAUUGAAUUGCCAAUACAUCACCCAAUUAAGAUGAUUUUUGUUGUUCAGACCUUUUCACAGUUAUACUACUGUUCAUUGUAGUCUUGCAACUGUACAGUUUUUUUCUUUCUAAUAUGAAAUUUGUAAUAAAAGGAAGGCAAACCACUGCUUAUAGUAUGUUGUGGAUUCAUCAGGCUCUGCAUUCUCAUUUUACAUUUUAAUUUUUUUUAUUCGAAAUACAAUCAAAUCCA